UAAAAAUAGCUUUACACGAUUUGACACAAGACAUUGACAUAUUUACAUGUGAUAUAUACAUUUUCCCAAGGCUAGUGACGUCAUAGAGGACGUAAACUAUUGUGAAGCGUGUACUCCUAAAAUCAUUACUUCACAUUGAGACUACACUAGAGUCGUUUGCGGCAAACGCCAGUUGCGAGAUUUUGUUGGUAAAAUUAAUAUUUAAAAUGACAACCGUCACGCAUACCAUUCCCAAGCCGAUUGACGCCAGAGUUGUGAAACGAGAGCGUCUAUAUGAUUACUUGUAUGAGCCGAUAUACUUCGUUUCUUCGGAAGUCGACCAUGUCAAGUCCAGUUAUAAGAGUUUUAAGGAGCGAGUUAGAAAAUUGCCCGAGUUUGAAACCAUGUUCAACAAUGCAAGGGUCACCUUUCGUCUGGACCCCUCCGAUCCACUGCCAGAUUCUGUGGACCGUCGCUGGCGUGGCAACGCAGAACAACGACAGCAGGCCCUACAGCAACUGGCUGGAUUUAUUCCAAAUAUUCAGCCCAUGAUGAAAAAAAGAGAAACAAGUCAGCCGAGUGGAGCUGAUCGCUGGAAAUAUUUUAAAAGGCCUCUUCCAUAUGUGCAACAGAUUCCCUUGGAUGUGAAUCGUGAUAGUUAUCAAGAGGAGUUAGAAGCCACCGGCAGACAUGCUGGCGGCGUUCCCACCCAUUUCACUGUGGCAGUGCAGACAGACUACAGGGAGAGCGAAGCACAGACGGACCCGUACACCCCGGACUAUUUGCUACACACCGGAACCACCCCUUCGGAGCUGCUGGCGGUGGCUUCUUUCACCUGGGAGCGAGGCCUGCCCGCAAGUAUUGAAGAAGUGGAGAUGAUCGAGAGGGCGCGCGCUAGACGGGUCUGGGAGGCUAGGCUUCCUGCACUCAAUGACCCAAAUCUUCUGCGCAAAAGGAGGCGGAUGAUGGAGGAAAUGGAAGCUAAAGAGUGGGCCUUCAGAGAAGGAAAAAUACAGAAGUUGCAGGACGCUCGUCUGGCCGUGCUGGAGGAGAUGCUGCAGCAGAAGGACGAGGCCCAGGUGGCCUUGACCAAAGAUCGACUAAACCACAUCUACUCCAAGCUGCUCAAGGAAAAGGAGAACAAGCUCAACAAGGUGGACAAGGAACACAUGAGAUCAAUGAGGAAGCUGGAGGCCAAGCGGAGGGACAUGGAGGAGAAUAUCAAGCAGCUGGGCACUUGUAAGGACUACACCGUGUACUCCUCCCUGACGUGCGCCUCGCGAGCAUGCGGCGACACCUUCGCCCUCAAGAAAACAGCAAGUCACGAAUUUCAACGUCUGGAGACAUACGACGGCUUGCUGAAUCGAAUGCAGAGACCCACCCAAGAACUUCUCAAGCAGCUGAAGAAACAGUCCAAACACACACUUAAAACAGGCAAAGUCACCAAGCCCCCCGAGAGCAGAAGAAGCAUUCUGUUGGAAAAGUACAAGAAUAUGAACGACGACAUGGCAAAAUAUCUCAUCAAGAAGGAAAAGCCCGCUCCUCGUCCUGUCACUCCCACUGUGGAGGGGCCGCCAGAGGGGGAAGAGGAGAAGGAGCUGGCAGUUAUCCAUUUGCAGAAACUGCUGAGGGGAAGGACCAUCCAAACGGAGAUAUUCACUGGCAAAGAGAACCACUUGGACCUCAUCAAGGAGAUGAGGACGGCACACGCCCUCCGAGCAGAGGAGCAGCAGAUGCAGAAGGCCGACAAAGAGAUGGUCAUGGCCCUCAAAGAGGAGAGAGACAAGCUGCGACUCAAGAGGUCCCGCGAGGACGCCCUUCACGCUGCCGCCGUGGGUGCCGAGCUGGAAUACGUGUUCGAUACCCUCUCCAAGGAGCUGAUCCGUCUGCAGGAGGAGCGUCGCAUCCACGCCUUCACGCUGCUGGCCGAGCGGGAGCGUCUGAGGCGCGAGGCCGAGGAGAGCGGCAGGAGGCAAGCAGAGGAACGGCGCCGCAGGGAGGACGACCAGAUCUUCCGAGAAGUGGUCAAAGUCCACCAAGAGACGGUGGACUUGUACUUUGAAGACAUCAUCCUGGACACCAUGGAAAUCACGGCAGACCAGCAAGCCCGAGAGGAGAUCCGCAGGGUGGCCAAGGAGGUCAACGACAUCGCCUACGCCAUCGAGGAGAGCCGCAACAACCUUCAGUCGGAGGAGAUCGUGUCUGAGUUGGUCUACGGCUUCCUCAUUCCUGAGGUGGAGAAGAUCAGAGUCAGGGAGAGAGUGCACGAGAGGCAACGCAGACACCUGCUGGCGGUGCGCAGCAUCGUGGAGGGCAACGCAAAGCCGCAGAUCGUGGCCAGCACAAUGGGCACCCCGCAGGUGACCCGCCCCUCCGAUGUAGCCGCCCAGCAGUUCCUGGACGACAUGCUGGUCCCGGGUCACAGGGGUGCCAAAUAAUCACGGUGGCCUAAAACCAAAUCACAGAUCAUCUAGGAUGAACGUAAAAGCUGAGGGUGAUCUGAAUAUGAGCCACCGCACUUCACUUUCUUUGCCUACUUUGACGUCUACGGUAACCGAAUCUAGAAAAUCGACCAUGAAAGGUAAAUGACUGACUCACCAGGUUAUUUGGACCUACUGUUUUCCGAGGCUUCUUUCCACUAGCGCUGCUUUCACUUUUCACCUGAAAAACUCAAGAGUGGCCUCAAACAGAUUCACAAUGGGACAAGUCAUGUCAAAUGUUUGAAAUAAAAUGGAAAGUUACAAAUGGAGCAAAUAAACCAUAAGUAGUACAAGAUGUGUGCACAAAAUGUCAAUUAAAAAAAAUCUGCAAACAUAUUUGGCUUCCUUUCGCUCCUUUAUGACACUU